CUUCGCGUCGUGCGAGGGAGUGGUCUCCCUUACGAGAGUGUCGUCCCCUACAUGUCGGCGUUUAUUACCUCGGUCAACGCAGACCAGUUAAACCAUCUGUAACACAACUGAACACUGAGUCUACUCUCAAGACCAGUUUCUAAAGCCAACUUUCAGCAAUGUCAGCUCCUCCCACUUAUGAUCAAGCCACUGCCCAUCCAUCCCAACCUGGGUUUGAUGGCAAGGCCUAUGGAUACAACCAGCCUGCUCCUGCUGCAUAUGGAUAUAACCAGGGACAGUAUAGCUAUGACCAGGAACCACAGAUAAAUCCUAGUUCUGCACCAGCAAACUCUCAUUCUGAAGAGAUGGGUGUUGCUGUAGCUGGAUUUAAUCCAAGUUCUUUCUCAGACAAAGCUGUUCGCCGUGGAUUCAUCAAAAAGGUAUAUCUUAUUUUGACCGCUCAGGUUCUUGUCACUGUGGCCUUCAUCUGUUUUUUCAUCUUUGUGAUUCCUGUGAAAAAUUGGGUGCGAACUGAUGGGCUUUGGUUUUACAUCUGUGCCUAUUGCACGUUUCUGAUCACAUACUUCGUUCUAGUGUGUUGCCCCAGUGUGAGGAGAAAGAGCCCAGGAAACUUCAUUUGCCUUAUUGUCUUUACGAUUGCAUUUUCUUACAUGGCUGGAACUAUUAGCAGUUUCCAUGACACAAAAAUUGUGCUUCUGGCCAUGGGGAUCACGGCAGCUGUCUGCAUAUCUAUCUCUAUUUUUGCAAUCCAGACAAAGAUUGACUUCACCUUAUGCAGUGGACUUCUUUUUGUCCUUGUUAUGGUCCUGUUCUUUUUUGGCUGGGCUUGCAUGAUCUCUUAUUAUGCAUGGGGACACGGAGCAAUCUUAAAUGCUGUGUAUGCUGGCCUUGGUGCACUUGUGUUUGCCUUGUUCCUGAUCUAUGACACACAGAUGAUCAUGGGUGGAAGGAAGAUUGAGUUGUCCCCAGAGGAGUACAUCUAUGGUGCCCUUCAGCUGUACAUUGACGUUGUCUACAUCUUCUUGUUCUUGCUGUCUCUGAUGGGCAAAAGUAAUUAAAUGAGAGCCCAGUUGGUAAUUGCCCUUUGAUGUAUGAAUCACACACCUGAAAAUAUAAAAACUGUAAUGGCAAUAUUGUUUAAAGGAAAUAGGGCAGUCACAAUUAAUUUGUUUUUAGUACUAUACAUACGUAAUCUUAAUGUUUUCUUGGCAAGUUAGCAUAUUCCCAUAUUCUUCCAAAGAUUAUUGAGCAAGUUCCCAAAUACUUGAAGAAGAGCUAAAUAAUAGUACUUCUCUGCAGAAACUGGUUUAACUUGUUCGAGUGUAAACUGUGUGUGCAUGCACAUCUCCCAGCAUGCGCUUACUAUAAAAUGUAGACAAUGUAAUAUUUUCCAUAAUCUUCAGCAAAAAGAGCAGAAGGCAGAGUUGUUGAUCGUAUUAUCAGACUUUCCUGUGUCAUUUUAAACAAUAUCAUAUAAUCGUUUCCAUUAUAGGUAUUGUAUGUCAUAUUUAUGUGUAUAUCUACUUAUCAACACUUUGUUUAAUUGUUUCAUUUAACACAAGAGUAUCCUAUUUAGAGUUUUGGGUUAAGUUGCAAAAAAAAAAAGAAAAAAAGAAAAAGUUGUGCUCAGACAAAGAUAUAAAGUUAUGCAUGAUGAUGAGUUAUGUGUUUUGAGGAACUUUUCUUGUGUGAAGUUUUAUUUCAGAGGAAGGUUCAAGUUGAUUCUUGAGUAAAUUAUCACACUUAGAUAAAACAAGACCUGCACCUUUGAAAUUUCAUUGAAUUUUUGAUUCACAUAUGUUAUUUUUGUAAUAUAAAAGAGUGAAAAGAAUUGAUAAAAUUGAAAUUUUAAGUAGGGUAAAUACCCUUAAUUUGCACAGCUACUUUUGAACAAACCCCAGGACUGUGGCUUUGGCUUAGUGGUGUUUUUUUUUUUUAAUUGUUUUUACAAAACAUCAAGCGAUAAAAUUUGAAAAAUCAUCAGCAAUAUGCCAGAUGAAAAUAUUUUCAA